AUGGCUGUUUGUAACACUUUUUUGACAUUGUUAUUACUGGCUCUUCUUUCACAUUCAAUCAUCGCUCAAAAUAACACCGACACUGAACCUAGUGAAGAAUUAAGCACUCCAUCAUCAAUAUCGCCACAAACAACAACUGAUCCUUGUCCAUACCCUGCUUACUUUAACUUAUUCAAUAAUGGCGCAUGCAUUUCUCGAUCAGUCUACACAGGCAUUUUUUUAGCAAGUAUCAUUUUGGCUGGUAUCUCUUUUCUUUUACUCAUUGUUUUAUGGACAUUACUCUGUUUUCGACGUUUCAGACGUUCUCGUUCGCGUAAUAUCCCUGAUGAUGAAACAGGUAUUUUGAGCAGUAGUAAGAAUGAAAGAGAUAGAUUUUCGAAAACUCAACAUGGAAAUCAAAGGGGUAGUCAAAAUCUGAAGGCUAAAACAAGAGACAAACAACCAUCACCAUCCACAUCAUCUGCUCCUUAUACAACUGUAGAACCCAUUACUAAGCGACCACAUAAGACGCGAUCAAGAGAUGUCAAUCAAAAGCAAUCUGAUUCUCAUGAAGUGGUGGUUUCUAAAUCAACUAGCAAGACAUCUAGUGUUAAUCCUCGUCCUCCACCUUCAUCUCAACCUCGCAGAAUAGCUGAUCAAGAGGGUCGUGGUCAUAGAGAUCGCAAAAAAAAUAAUUUUACCAAUGACAACACAACAGCAGCAGAUUUAUAA